AUGAUUUUCUACUCUCAAUACCAGAGGAACCACAGUAUGCUCCCGUUAAUUGUUGGAUUAGCAGUCACUGUAGCUGCGUUGACCACAAAGGCCACUAUAAACACCGUAAUCCGAUGUCGUACACUGACGAAUUUUGAAAUUGCAAGAUUGAAUGGGAUAACGUUAAAGCGACACAAGAUAUGGCCAUCGGAUUCCGGUUAUUGGAGGAGGUUCCAUGAACUAGACCAGGAGAUGGCGCUUGGGGGGUUCUUGGAGAAGAUGGACGCCGAAGAGGCCAUGAAUGUCCUUGGAGUGAAGACCAUCAACGUGGCCGAAAUUAGAAAGAGACACCGAGUGCUAAUGAUGCAAAACCACCCUGAUAAAGGUGGUAGUAAAUACCUAGCCAUGAAGAUCAACUUGGCGAAGGAUAUAUUACUUAAUCAGCGAUAA